UCUUAAACAAAUAACAUUUAAAGUUGAUCAAUUGAAACAAUAAACGCUAAUAAUCAAACCUACACAACAACGAUGGCGAUGUGUAAGAACACCGUAAUAUUUCUGUUGAUGUCCGUGCAUGUCUACUACUCACGUUCUUUAGGGGACCGCACCAAUUACAACUUCUCCCUUUGCUGGUUGAUGAAUACCAACGCUGCUUCUACUAGCAGACCAAAAAUCAGUGUGUGGUUGAAUGAAGCCGAGCUGAUGUCCAUUGGGAAGUUCGGAAAAUUUAACUCCCUGACCGUUCAAACAUCCGAACAGCACUCUCUGAAACUUCAGUAUGGAGACAUUGCGCGAACAUGGACGUUUUCUGUCAGUGACGGUUCAAAUACCAUAGAGAUCCAAAGUGCACAUUCUUCAGUAGAGGCAACACCCAAUCAAAUUGUACUGGAUGCCCUCAAGGUCUUUUCACCAGAGCAAAUGUAUGCAUGUGAGAAAGACCCUCUAUAUCUCCAUCAAAGUGAAGACUUCAUUCUGAUGUUAGGCCACACCACUCGCUUUCCUCUGAAACUGGAGUCCCACAGCUCCUCCAUGCUCCUUGUGUCCUGGAGAGACGCAGGUGACCCCGGCCACCCUCUUCCUCUUCCUCGCCUUCACUCCGUCUCCAUGUACCAUCGGGAGCUGGGGGCUUACGCCGCACUGGGCGCGGACACCACAGCCUCACCGUACUACCGCUUCAGCAGCCUGCAGGGCUGCAUGCCUUAUGUGGCUUGCCUCGAGCUGCCUGCCAGCCCCUCAGUCACCUGUCUGUCCACCAUCACAGAUCCAGAUGUGCCCAUAAGGUUCCAGGUGACCUCAUGGAACAGCAAUCAGGUGACCGUGGAUUGGAAGUGCCCAAGGAACCAUAAGUAUUCUCUCUUCCUGCUCACGCUGUUCCACCUCAAUGGCACCGACCACAUUGUGGAGGAGAGGACCCACAGGCACCAACAGCAUCCGUUUAUCUUCACUGCGUCCAACCUGCCACCCUGCAGCCGCAUUCGGUUCGGCCUGCAGACGGUGUGUGAUUCCGGCAAAGACUCCCGCACCAGCAAGAUGGUGAUGAUCGACGGGAACUCUGCCCAUUCUGCAAUCCAAAGCAUCCAUCAGUCUGAUGCAGGCCCAGAAGACUACACCUUGAGCUGGUCGGUCAUGGACAUCUCAAUGAUCACAAUGUUCAAAGUGUACCACCAGGGGGCGCUGCACGGCUCCACACUCUUCACCGCACACAUGGUGAUGGGUCUGGCACCAUGUCAAUGCUACCAGGCCCGGGUGGAGGCUGUGUGUGGCGAGAGCGUCGUCAUGAAUGUGAAGACCCUUGAGACGUACACAGGUCCCCGGGUUGUGUCUGACCUGCGCUAUCGAGCGGAGGACUCCACUGCUCUGUGGAGUGGCCCCACCAGCCCCGACGGGGCCUUCAGCUACAAUCUCACCCAUGAGAACGGCUCGCCGGUCAGCAGCGGCAGUCUUCCCGAGCCCCUGCUUCCCCUCAGGGAUCUGUCCCCGGGCUUGACCUACGUCCUGGAGGUGUGGGAGGAGUGCCAGGGGUGGGGGUCCCCCAGCAGGGCGGUGCUGUGCUUCGACGCACAGACUGUGCCGAAGAUGGAUGUCCGCAGUGGUGGGAUUAGGGGAGACGGAAAGAUGUCUGAUUUUUUGAGGAGCAUGAGUUCUGUGUGGUCACCGCUGGCCGUGAUUGUACCCUGGAGGCCGUCUGCCGAUUUAAACGAUCCAAAGUCCCGACCACGAGUUGAGCUGGAAAGGGUGGUCAAGAACAAGAUCUUAGAGCUUCUCAAAGACUUCCCUCACCCUGUAAGUGUUGAUGUUUUGACAUUUGAGGACUAUGGAAGUGGAACGCAGACAAAACUCAAUGCUGUGCUGUUGAGUGCCUCAGUUACGGAUACAACGGUUCCAUUCUCUUCAGCUGAAGUGCUAGAAUUCAUCCAGUCUCUUUCACCAGUUGGAGUUACAGUCGAAAACGGCAUGGUCUACUGGGAUGACCCAGAUGAGUGUUCCAUGCUUGAGCUAAACCAGUGCGCUCCUCACUCUGUGUGCAUCAACACUUUGGAUUCCUACACCUGUGUCUGCCAAGAUGGCUACUAUGAUGUCAGUCCCCUCCUAAAUCCAACCACAGCAUGCCAUGAGAAUGGCUUGUCUACGCAGUGCUCCCAAGCCUUCAUCAGGGGCAGCAUUGCCAAAGCUUACCUCGUGGACUACUUUGGGGGCAACGUCACCAUGGUCCUGAACGAUGGGCGAUGUCCUGUGUUGGAGAGUGAGACGCUGUACUACUUUAGGGCGUCGCGCAACCCCGGUCACUGUGGCACCAAGAUAGUGGUGAACAGGACCCAUUUUGAGUUCAUAAACGUGGUGACGGUGACUGCGAGCAGAGAGAGGGUCAUCAUUCGGCGAGACCUGAAGGUGUUCUGGAAGUGCGUCAACCCCAGACACUACCUGCGGAACGAUGAGAUGAAGAUGCACCUUGAGUGGAUAUCCUCUUACUCACUGGUGGAGUACAACUCCUCUCACAUCCUAGAGGUUGCCAUGGCCUUGUACAGGGACGACUCGUUUACGCACAACUACACACACGCCGUUAGCCUCCUUCCAGAAGAAUUCCUGUAUUUGGAGGUGGCCCUCAAAGCACACAACACUUUUGCGUCCGAUCUGCUUCUGGAGGUGGUGAUGUGCUGGGCAACAGAGAGUCAGAACCCUGAGGACAAAACUAAGGGUAUACUACUCAGAGAUGGGUGCCCAGUGGACCUAACAUUCCAUUGGCUGUCAGAAAAUGGCAUGGCACAGAUGACCCGGUUCUCUGUCCAGAUGUUUUCUAUGCCAGCCGGACUGCCGUUCUACAUCCACUGCCUCACCAGAGUCUGUGCCCCAGAUGAGAACUGCACUACGACUUGCCCUGCAAAGAUGUCGUCUAAAGUCCGCAGAGACCUACGCCAUACUCCAUCGGCUGUUGUAUCGGCUGGGCCAUUGUUGGUUGGCAACAUCUCAUCAGCUCACAGUAUAAACUCAAAAUGGAAUGAGAUUGUGAUGCUUAUGACUGUACUGGGAGGAAGUAUAGGCCUUCUGGUGUUUACCCUCUUAGUUGUAACUGCAACAAAAACACUACUAAACCUCUAUGGCAGAGUUCAAUAAAUCAACAUCAAAUAUAA